AUGAAGUUCUCCAUUGCUACUAUUGCCGCUCUGGCCAGCGCUGUCAGCGCCUCUCUUCCUGCUGCCUUCACUCUCGUCGCUGAUGGCGGCAAGACCGUUCUCACUGAUGGCCAGAACCUCUGGAUCGGUGCCAACACCACCACCCACGAAAUUGCCAUCCUCCGCAGCAGCAACACCGGCGACGUCACUUUCACCUCCAAGCACGAGACUCCCACCGGCUUCCAGUCCCUCUACAUGAUCCCCAACGAGGGCGCCAACAUGACUGCCUUCGGAGUCAAUGAGAAGGGUUACUUCACUCACGGCGGCAAGGCUUACUUCGCUGUCGACGGAUACGGCUCAAACCCUGCUAAGGAGAUCUACUGGUACGGCUCUCACAAUGCCGAGUACAUGGCUGCCAACCUGUACGUCAAGGAGUGCAAGGGUUGCUAA